GCAUGCUACAUUGAGCAGCUAUGUGAUGUACCUGUGUUUUUACAUGAAAAAUUGGCUGUAUGAAGAUAGUGUGUUAAAAGAGAAGUUGUCAGGGAGUAAUACGGCUUGUGUCGUCGUUGAGAAGUGUCGCACGUUGGACGUUUCCUACAAAAAGUGCCGCAGCUUCUCCUUCCUGCGUAGAGCUGCAGCUAUAAGAGAUGCUGUUGACGGUGUCACAGUGUAAGCAGAGCCCGGCUGACCCUCCACACGUCCAAAUAUGAUGCCAGCCUAAGGGGACAUCAUGGACAAUGGAAAACCGAGCCGUGUGUGUCGGCCCCAGCGGAUCAGUGAAUCGUCCAAGGUGUUCCGCUGGGCCGAUCAAGGUGUGGAGGUGUUGCAGGGCCUCAAUGACCAGCGACAACAUGGCCACUUCUGUGAUGUGAUGCUGGUGGCCAAUGAUCAGCGGGUCCCCGCUCACCGUGCCCUGCUGGCCGUCUCCAGCCCGUACUUCCACGCUAUGUUCACUCUGGGCAUGAGGGAGGAACGCCAGGCAGAGGUGGAGCUGGUUGGUAUGUCCUACAUCGGUCUGAAGGCUGUGGUGGACUUCCUGUACAGUGGAGAGCUACCAUUGGAUGGGGGAAAUAUUGAUCAUGUGCUGGAAGCUGCCCACCUGCUACAGGUGUGGCGAGUGGUGGAUUUCUGCUGCCAGUACCUGGAGAGGGAGGUGAGUGAGGACAACUACCUGUACCUUCAGGAGCUGGCUCAGCUCUACAGUCUGGAGCGACUCGACACUUUCAUCGACCACUUCAUCCUCACACGUUUCUCCACACUCUCCUUCACCCCCGACUUCCUUUGCAACAUUCCUUUACACAAGCUCACCUCCUACCUCUCCAGUGGCCAGGUUCAGCAUGACAGCGAGCAGGCACUGCUCCAGGCCGCCCUGCAGUGGCUCAGCCAAACUCCUGAACGAACCACUCAUGCCAGACAACUCCUCUCCUACAUCCGCUUCCCUCUGAUGCCAGUGGGGGACCUGGUGGACCGGGUGCUGCCCGGGAUACGGGCCCUGCUGCCAGAGGAGGCCGGCUGCGAGGCCCUCGUGGAGGAAGCAUUGGGAUACCAUGCAACCCCCAGCGCUCAGCCACUCCUGCAAAGCGGACGCACCACGCUGAGGGGAGGAGUGGAACAGCUGCUGCUGAUUGGGGGAGAGGUGUCAGAAUGUGGAGAGGAGCUGAGCGCCACUGUUUGCCGGCUGGACAGCGAAACAGGAAGCUGGGAGGUGGAAACUGAGCUGCCAGCCCAGCGGAGUCACCACUGCCUGGCAGUGCUUGGAGGCUUUAUUUACACUGCUGGCGGCAGCUCGUCCAGGGAUAAUGGCGGAGACGCAGCCUGUAACCUGCUCUACAGAUACGAUCCUCGCCAUAAUCAGUGGACCAGGGGUGCUCCAAUGAACCAGCGGCGGGUCGACUUUUACCUGGGAGCGGUGGGAGAGUGCCUGAUUGCUGUGGGUGGCAGGAAUGACACCGGAGCUUUGUCCUCUGUCGAGCUUUACUGCCCCGCUGAGGACCGCUGGUCCUAUGUGGCAGAACUGCCCAGGUUUACUUACGGCCAUGCUGGAACUGUCCAUCAUGGUGUGGUCUACAUCUCAGGAGGUCAUGACUAUCAGAUCGGACCAUACCGCAGAGAAGUUCUGAGUUAUGAUCCUUCAAAGGACAAUGAUGUGUGGGUUGAGUGCCAAGCCAUGUCUUUGGCUCGGGGCUGGCACUGCAUGGCCUCCCUCAACCACCUCAUCUACGCCAUCGGGGGCAGCGACGACCACGAGGAUACCACUGAACGCUUCGACAUCCUGCAGGUGGAGUCCUAUGACCCACACAGCGGCCAGUGGACCCGGGUGGCGCCACUGCUGUUGCCCAACAGUGAAGCAGGGCUUGCGGUUUGGGCGGGGAGGAUCUAUGUGAUGGGUGGCUACAGCUGGGAGAGUAUGGCAUUCUCCAGAGCCGCUCAAGUUUACGACCCUGACAAAGACUCAUGGUGCAGAGGGCCUGAUUUCCCAAAACGCAUCGCAGGGGCCUCGGCGUGUGUGUGCCUUGUGAAGCCCUCACCAUCUUCAACCUCUCCAGAGAGGAAGAAAUUAGGGCACAGGGUAAAAAGAAGAACAGACCCCACGUAGCAUGAUCAAGGACCAAUGAAGGACUUUUCUCUUUGUAUGAAAGUACAAGGCUUGACUUUUUGUUGAAAAGCACAGCCAAAGAUUUUAUGUCCUCUACAUGAGUAGGAAGGGGUUAGGUACUGGACCAUAUCUUGGUCAGAAGAGGCAACUGGCCCCCACAGAGUCUGGCACUUUGAAGCUUGGACCAGCCUUUAGACAGAGUCAAGCUAGCUGCUUCCCUCUGUUUCCAGUCUUUAUACUAACUAGCAGUGCCAUUGUCAGUGUGUGCCCCAUCUCCUCUUUGGCUGUGCUUACUGUUAUUAACCAGUUCAUUGUACAUUUACGACAGUGCACUCUGCACCGUUGGCAAAUCUACAGCAAGUGGAAAGUCACUGGAAGUUUGACAUAAACUGGAGCAGAUUCCUCUGUACACUUGUAAUUAUUAACAUAAGUCAUUAACAUGAACUGGCUAAAUGUGAGUUCACUACCAUGUCACAUUACCACAGUUUAACCAGUAUAUAUUGUGAUGUUUAUUUUACUUCGCUAUAGCAGACCAACCAGCAACUACCACAGCUAAAGCCAAUGUGUUACUGUGAAGCAUGCCACCAAUGGCUGCUAGAAGCUGUAAUAGACUUGCAUUCAAAAAGCCUCAACUUCUCUCUAGAAAUAUAAUAAUUUCUUUCAACAAGUCAUCAUGGAUGCCAUCUCUAAAUUCAAACCCUGUAAUAUGUGUGCAGGUGGCCAUUUUGUAAAUAAUUGCUCCCUUAAUAAGAUUUGAAGACUUACAGUAGUUGGGUCAUCUGCUGCUCUCCUGGCUCCGGGACUCGCACUGAGCUGGACUAUUUCACUAAGUUCAAUAUCAAUUGAUUAUGAUGCCUGACCUAUUAGCUCAAUUUAUAUGGGAUGCAACAGUUAUAGAUUUUGACAGUACAACAGUCUGAGGGAAAAUCACAGUUUCAUGAUUAUUAUGCAUUGCGGAUGGAUAAAAGCACUUAAGCAUUUGUUUUGGGAGCAACAGACACACUCGUUGCCAGGGAUUCUAUUUCAGCAAUUAAUUGUAUUUUAGAUGUGGUCUAUUAAAGUAAAAAAGAAAGAAAGAAACGUCUCUCAUGCAGGUGUUACUAAUCCCUGAAAUGC